GGAUGGUACGUGUGUAUAUGAUCGGAUGGGACAACAUCUGUCAUUCGAUCAGUAUCUUGCAUAAAGUUAGACGACAUGGGCAAAACUAUUUUUGCGGAAGAUGGCCUACAGGAGUACAUCAGCUUACUUUAUGGAGAACAUCCGUGGCUGAUUGGUCUUAUUGUUGGACAAUGUACAAAUCAGAAAGACUUUGCUGUAUGCCUUGUCCCAAGCCCCAAGGAAGAAAGUGAAGAUGAAGCAACUGAAAAACCAUCAACUUUAGAAGACGUCAGUGAAUAUUGGAUUGCCGAGCAUGCUAGACAGGUAACAAGAAUGCUACCCGGGGGUUUGGGCGUGAUGGGCGUGUUUGCUAUGGCCCCGCCCAAUGCCAUGAAUGAUGCCCAGCCCAAACUUAGGCAGGUUCUCUUUGCCGUUAACAAACUGCUGAGGAAACGGCAGCUACUUCUGAAUGUGAGAGACGAGGAAGUUGAAGAAGCAAGGGACUGGACGAUUCUACAAAUGUGCACCACUACUAGAAAAUUAACUUGCCGUGUAUUUGACAUCUCUGAUCCCAGGAGCACGGCCAGACCAGCUGAUUGGAAGUUCCAGAGUUUUCUUUCUCGAUGGCCGUAUCUUCAUUGUAGAUUGCACGUCGACAUCACUGUACCAGUUCAACACCAAGCUGUGGAUUGUGGACAGUACAGCAAGCAAAUCUCAGAGGGUUUGAUGCCAUUUGUGGAAACCAUUGAGAGCUCUUUAGCUGUGGUCAACGGACAACUGAGAGAUCCCCAAGUUGGAAUAGAGACAACUCAAAGCAAGCGCAAAUCUGGAAAGAAGACGGCAAGUGCAGUUGGUUCGGAUGGCAUCAAAUAUUCCAUUGAGCUCCUCGCACAAAAUGUUAGACCGUGUACCAACAAGGUUAAAAACAGCUCAUGUACUGCGUGUAUACAAGUUCAUGGGGUGAUGGAGAGCAGAUCUUAUGUACAUAACAAGGCAACAGUGGCUGACGCAAUACAGGCUGUGAAAGAAGACGUCAUCCGUAGCUUACAAGCAAGAUUAGAGCUGCUAUCGGAUGAGCUGAGACAAAGCAGUUCGGAAGAAGAAGUUAAAGAAGUAGAAACUGAUCCACCAGCUACCAUAGCCACACCCAAGCGAGUCUUCGCCAAGUUGCCCACUACUCACAUCAGCGUGUGCGACUACGCCUUCCGGGAUGAGGUUGCUCAAGACUCGCUAGAUCGGAUAAACGAACUACUCAAUCUUCAGAUCACUGAGGAAGAACUGGAACUCGACGCUGAGAAAGUCCCAGAUGAUGGUGACAUGGAAGCUUCGGAGAAAAGCUCUUUCUCGCCAUCAGGAGCCGAGAGCGAGGAAGGUCAAGAGGUCAAACGAAGACCUGUUCAAUACCUAGGUGCAGCAAUUGGGGCAGCGGGUGCUCUUCUGGCAGCUGGAGUUUCAUAUUUUCUCAUUAAGCAAGAAUGAACCAAUCACAAGAUGACACACAGACUUACAACCAAUCAGGGAGCUGCUUCUGUCCAUCUCAGCAAGUCAGAAGGAUCGGUUUGUAAGCUAAGAUGUGAUUGGUCUGUAAUUUCAAGUAAGAAGAGUAAAUUUGGUGCAGAGAUUUUAAGAAAGACGUUUCCUUUACACGUAAAGGUGCUUGCCACACAUUAAUUUCGCUUAGCAGAUUAACAUGUAAUCAAAUGCUGUAUGCUGUAUGCUGCAUCUGAUUUCUAUGGUUAUUAAAGAAGUUUUAAUUAUUUGCUUAAAAAGCUCAAUUCCUCUAAUAAGAGACUGAUAAAUGUUCCUGUUUUUUGCCUUGUUAGCAGUGGACUGAUAAUAAUAACUGUAUAUAUAAAGCGCCAAAUUGCCAAAGAAUACAUGGCUCUGAAGAAAAAAGGUAAACAAGACAGUACAAAGACACUGUCGACCAGCUACAGACUAGAGGUAAAAUCUACAGACUAGUGGACUAACCAGAUAAAUCUCAGAAAUGUAUGCAUGCACAGAACUUUGUAAACAAUAAUGAUCCUGGCUCUUCUGCUGCCACCUAGUGUCUCUAACUUGCCAGGCAAAAUGAUUUCCAGACACAAAGUUUGAAAUCCACCACAUCGAAAUGCAUUUGGCAACUUCUUGGUGUGACAACUUGAGACUUGAAAAUUCUUAUUUUCUCUUUUUGUCUUGUCACUCACUUUUCAUUUCAAAAAAAGAUAAUCAAUUAAUCAAUCAACAUUUAUUUUCAUACAAACAUAUCAACAACUUGAUUUUACAAAACUGAAAUUGUAUGGAGGCAUGACCCAUUAAAGGCAAAAGCUUGUAGGCUGUGAUGCUUGUACAAAACAAAGAGGCUGAAAGACGCUCCGUUUAUUACUCCCAGAGUAAAACACAGAUUAGUUACUAAAACGUGCUACAUGUUAAGUAUUACUACUAUGGUUUUAAACCAGCUAUAACUAUCGUUUUAAACAGAUGAUUGUAUGAAAUAUCAUGAAUAAAAUAUUAAAGAAAUGCUGAAGAAAACAACAAAAUUUCAUCAUUAUUUUUUUUUUACUUAAAGGGAAUGUACA